GGUUACUGGGCGCCCGCUACCGACUACCCCGGCCGCUACUGAUCGUCCCGUGUGCUGUCGUCGAAGCAACAACCUCCAAGAUGGUGAAGGCAUUCCUGGGAAAGACCUACCAGCUGGACAAGAAUGAGAACAUGGAGGCCUUCCUCAACGCCUACGGCGUGGACGCGGCGAUGAAGGAGGCCGCCGCCAAGCUGAAGCCCACGACGACGCUGACGGAGAGCGGCGGCGUGUACACGCAGGUGACGGCGGCGGGAGACCGCAAGGUGACCACCUCCUUCAAGCUGGGCGAGGAGUUCGACGAGACGACGCUGGACGGCAAGAAGGCCAAGACCACCGUCACCCAGAAGAGCGACGACACCCUGCUCCAGGUCCAGAAGUUCCCCGACGGCAAGGUCGUCAACAUGGAGAAGAAGUUCACCGCAGAUGCACUCACGGUGACUAUCACCCUCGGCAACAUCACGGCCAAGAGGAUCUACAAGGCGAUCUAAUUACAUCAUGGACGCUGUCCUUUUUUUCCUGUUAAUGUUAUCUUAUUUUAUUUGUUACUUUUAAAAAUAAAUGCUUUGAAAAAUGUAA